GGGGCGGCUCCGGGGAGGGGUCUGGGGGCAGGGGCCGCUCCCGGCCGCGCAGCCCAGCCCUGCUCCCGGCCAUGGCCCGACGGAGCCUUCCCGGCCCCGCGGAGCCGCUGCCGGAUGCCUCCUUCCAGUGGUGCAACGGGUGCUCCUGCAGUCUGGAGCUGCCUUACAGCAGUAGACCCUGCACGAUGCCUCCCAUCACGUUCCAGGACCUGCCACUCAACAUCUACAUGGCCAUCUUUGGCACUGGCAUCUUUGUCUUUGUGCUCAGCCUCAUCUUCUGCUGCUACUUCAUCAGCAAGCUGCGGCACCAGGCUCAGAGUGAGCACUUCGGCUACAAGCAGGUGGUUUUGAAAGGCGAUGCCUGGAGGCUGAGCGUGCACGGGCAGACCUGUGCUGUCUGCCUGGAAGACUUCAAGGUGAAGGAGGAGCUGGGGGUGCUGCCCUGCCAGCAUGGCUUCCACAGAAAGUGCCUGCUGAAGUGGCUGGAGGUUCGCUGUGUCUGCCCCAUGUGCAACAAGCCCAUGGCAGGGCCAGCACAGCCCCGCGCUGGCAUCGGCACCCUGCUGGACGAGCUGGUGUGAGCUGCACAGACCCUCCCCGGGGGCCGUGGCAGGACCAUGGCUGCCAACUGCCAGCAUCCCUCAGCCCUGCGUGUCCUGGCGAGUCCUACACCUCCUCUCCGAAGGAUUUGGGGUCUCCGAGUUGGGAUUUUCUUCACUCGCAGGUCGUCGGCUUUUUGGGGAGGGUUGUUUGUUUUCUUAGCUGCGUGGAGCUGAGCCCCACGGUGCUGGGGACACCUUUGCUGCUCAGCGGAGUUUUUGUACCUCAUCUCCUGCGGACCCUCUGGCUCCCCCCACGCCCCGUGGGGUGGGGGCAGGGUCCAGUUUGGGGCGAGAAAACUGAUUAAAGGGACAAUGUCAUCUGCCCUGA